AUGGUAACAAUGAUUGAGAGGAAAGCUGAGAUUAAGUGCGCUCUCAUCAAAUUUGCGGGUGAUGCCAGGCCAAAUGCUGAGGCUGACAUUCCUGAAAGACAGGAUUCCAACCAGAAGCACCUGUACAAGCUUGAGAAGUGGGCCCAUGGAAAUGUCAUGAGGAUCAACAAGGCCAAGUUCACGGCGCUGCACCUGGGCCAGGACAACCCCCACUGUGCCAAGGGAGAUUUUGGAUGGACGCUAGGCGGAGUUUCUCCACAGAACGCGCGGGCAGAGGCCGGGCCGGGCUGCCCGGGGAGCAGUCGGAGGACGCUCCGGGCCGGGCCGCCCAGAGAGGCGUUGGAAGACCGGCCAGGCCGGGCCGCCCCGGGAGCAGCCGGAGGCCGGGCCGGGCGCGGCGCUGAGGGCGCGGCCGGCAGGGGGCAGCGCGCACCGCCCGCCGGCGCUGCCGCGGCGCCGCCCCCGCCCGCCCCCGCCACCGCCCCGGGGCGGAAGCGCGGGCGGGCGGGCGAGCGGCGGCCGGCGCGGAGCGCGCGGAGCGGGCGCCCGGCGGGAAUGGCGGACGGGGCGCGCUCGCUGCGCGGCGGCGGCGGCGGCGGCAGCCCGGCCUCCAGCCCGGUGCUGGGCGGGCGGGGCCGCACCGCGGCGGGGGGCAGCAGCCCGCCAGGCCACGCGUUCCGCAGGGUGACCCUGACCAAGCCCACCUUCUGCCACUACUGCACCGACUUCAUCUGGGGGCUGGCCGGAUACCAGUGCGAGGUUUGCAACUUCAUGUCUCAUGAAAAGUGCCUCAAGAAUGUCAAGAUACCAUGCUCAUGUAUUGCUCCCAGCCUUGUAAGGGUUCCAGUUGCACACUGUUUUGGGCCUCCAGGACUUUACAAAAGAAAGUUUUGUGCUGUGUGCAGGAAGUCCCUGGAGUCACCUGCCUUUCGAUGUGAAGUUUGUGAGCUGCAUGUGCACACAGACUGUAUCCUGUUUGCUUGCAGUGACUGCCGGCAGUGCCACCAGGAUGGGCACCUGGACCAUGAUACUUACCACCACCACUGGAGGGAGGGAAACCUUUCUUCAAGUGCUCGUUGUGAAUUUUGCAAAAAAACCUGUGGGUCUUCUGAGGUGCUCUCUGGCAUGAGAUGUGAAUGGUGUGGCAUCCUGGCUCAUGCUGCUUGCUGUGUAAUUGUGCCACCAGAAUGUACCUUUGGAAGAUUAAGGAAUAUGAUUCUUCCUCCAAGUUGUGUUCAGUUGUUUUCUCGCAACUUCAGCAAAUUGCAUUGUUUUCGGAUAUCAGAAAAUUUGCAAACAGAAUCAGAUGAAGAUGAUGAUGUUGAUGGGUCAACACAAGGAUCAACAAAAGACAUUCAAAUUUCAACUGAUUCAAGUAAACAAACACUAAAGAUAUUUGAUGGGAAUGAUGCAGUGAAACGCAACCAAUUUCGACUAAUUUCAGUUCCAAGGAUUGCAAAAAAUGAAGAAGUUGUGGAGGCUGCUUUGAGGGCGUACUACAUAAAUGAUGACCAGCAGGAGUAUGAGCUUCAGACCUUUACACAGCAGGUGCUGCUCUCUGAUGAUGUUAUCAACAGAAAUGAUGCUGCAGAGGACAGCAACUUGGGCUCAGUAUUCCGAGAAUCUGUUCCUGAAGCCUGGAUCAUCAGAGCCAAACCAAAGGAUGAAGAAGUGAUCAGAAUUUACCCUGCCUGGCUAAAGGUGGGAAUGGCAUAUGUUUCUCUACGAGUAAAUAAGGAUAGCACUGUGCAGUCUGUGAUCAAAGAAGUGCUCCCAUUACUUGGAAGGCAGACGGAGUGCCUCCAGAAUUUCAAAUUGGUGGAAGUGCUUAUGGGCAGUAAGCAAGUUCAGCGCAUGGUCUUGGACAACCAGGAACCAAUUCUUAACAGACUCAAGGACAUAAGAAAGACUUCAAUACGUCAGAUGAAUCAAACAAGAUUUUACAUUGUGGAAAACAGUAAAUCCAUUGUACAAGUAAAUUUAUUUGUUGGCGGCCUUCCACCUCAGCUUUCCCCUGAAGAAUACACAAAUAUUCUCAAGGAAGAAUUAGCUAUCAAAACAAAUGUAGUAUCUGUGAGUCAUGUUUAUCAAGCACAAGGUGCUGUUGUACUCCAAAUUUCAUGUUUUUCUGAAGCUGAAAGAAUAUAUAUGCUAGUUAAAGAUACUGUUGUCAAUGACAAGCCUCUGAAUGCUGUGGUGAUUCCUGCAGUUAUGGCUUCCAAGAUACCACAGAAUUGUUGUCCUCUUCUUGUAUUUGUGAAUCCAAAAAGUGGUGGUCUAAAAGGUCGGGAUCUGCUGUACAGUUUUAGAAAGUUGUUGAACCCACAUCAAGUCUUUGAACUUACCAAUGGAGGCCCACUGCCUGGGUUUCACACGUUCUCCAAAGUGCCCUCCUUCCGAGUGCUGGUGUGCGGAGGGGACGGCACCGUCGGCUGGGUCCUUGGUGCCCUUGAGGAGAUCAGGCACAAGCUGGUGUGCUCAGAGCCCUCAGUUGCCAUCCUACCUUUAGGAACAGGUAAUGACUUGGGGAGAGUCUUGCGCUGGGGAGCUGGCUACAGUGGGGAGGACCCAUACUCCAUUUUGGUUUCUGUGGAUGAGGCAGAUGAUGUUCUUAUGGAUCGCUGGACUAUCCUUUUGGAUGCAGAAGAGCCAGCUGAAGGAGCAGAAAAUGGCAUUGCAGAACCUGAGCCUCCCAAGAUUGUACAGAUGAACAAUUACUGUGGUCUUGGCAUUGAUGCAGAGUUGAGCUUGGACUUUCAUCACGCUAGAGAAGAAGAACCAGGGAAAUUUAAUAGCAGGUUUCACAACAAGGGAGUUUAUGUGAAAGUUGGGCUGCAGAAGAUAAGCCACACUAGAAACCUGCACAAGGACAUAAAGCUGCAAGUGGACCAGCACGAGGUGGAGUUACCAAGUAUAGAAGGACUCAUCUUUAUUAAUAUACCCAGCUGGGGCUCUGGGGCCGACCUCUGGGGCUCUGAAAGUGACAACCGCUUUGAGAAGCCUCGCAUCGAUGACGGCCUGCUGGAGGUGGUUGGUGUGACUGGCGUCGUGCACAUGGGUCAAGUCCAAAGUGGUUUUCGAUCGGGAAUCCGCAUAGCUCAAGGCUCAUAUUUCCGUGUAACGCUCCUAAAGCCAAUUCCAGUUCAAGUUGAUGGAGAGCCCUGGAUUCAGGCCCCUGGCCAGAUUAUAAUUUCUGCUGCAGGACCAAAGGUCCAUAUGUUGAAAAAAUCCAAGCAGAAGCAGAAAAAAACUGGAAGCCUGAAAGAGAUGAAGGUGGAUAGCACAUCAGUCUCUGAAGGAGGACGCAAAGGGGAGACCUGUGUUCAUGCCUAUGGUAGACACCACCCUGGCCCAGGAAAACAGAGUGCAGACAAGUCGUGAAGAGUGUUGCCUAUGAGUGUGCCUUUCAUUACAUUUUGAUAGUACUGGGUUCUUCUUUGUCUUUCAAAGAUAGUACCUCAUUGUCACAAAUAACUAUUAUGUACCACUUGUCUCAUCUGAAAUGUUUACUUGGGGUUGCUUUUCUGUAAGCUGUUUCCCAGCCAAACAGAGAUUCCAAGAUGCUGAGAUUUCUGGAUUUGCCUUCACAAAAAAUCCUUCACUCCUCCCAGUUCAUUCUUAAAGAAAAUCAUUCCAUAGAUAAUUUUUUUAAUUGUACUAGAACUGAAAAUGUGUUCCUUUAAAUUAAUGCUCACAGUAGCAUCCUAACCAAAAAAAGGCAAAAGCAUAAGCUGCUGAGAGCUCCUUAGAUCAGUCCAAAUAGCACAGCUGAAACAGUACAAGUGUAAAGAGAAAAAUACAAAACACAGGAGAGAUUAUUUCUGUAAAAGGAUCCCAGUGCACUGGGAAGAGAGAAAGUACUAGAACAGUUGAGUCAAAAUAUUUCAGAGCAUUUACUUCAACAGUAUUUGGACAGCAUGAAUUAAGGGGGAACAGCCUGUAGAGCAACUUUUCAGUUGUAGCUUAGUUUCUCGUUAUUCAGCCAAAGCCAAUUUUAAAAGGCAUUUGAAUUUCAUUAGCUACAACUCUCAAAAUAAAAAGGAACAAGAAUACCCAAGGCAAUAGUAUGUUAUACCAAUUCUUUUUUAUCACUGAAACCAUUAACUUUGACACCAGACUCUUCUGUCUUGACUUUACUUGUGUUGUUUCAUUUUCCUGAAUUUGGACUGUUACAUAACAGCAAGCUAAAGAAUCAUCAUUAAUUAGGUUAAAAGAAGUACCACUUAGUGUUCAAUUAAGUAAAUUAGCAGUCAUAUGUUAGAGCUGAACUGAUGUGCAGUAUAGCUUUACUGAGGAGCCUUAGCAUCCAGGCUUCAAAUAACUGGGAAUGUGAGAGUCAUCAUGAAAAUUCACUUACCUCGCUAGGCUUCUCAAGUCUUUGUGGGUGUUACUAGGUAUGGGCCCAGGGACACAGUGACUAUCUUUUCUCACUUGCAUGAGUGUGUGCUCUUCAGAGGCUGUUUCUUCAUCAGUUCCUGUGAGGCCAAGACCACCUCUCUGUGUUUACCCAUCUGCUGAAGCUGUCCAGUAGUUUUACAGCUUUGUGCUGGAGCAGCCGUACACCUGCCAUACGCCAUGCAGAUCUGCUGUCCAUGGCUAUAGUCUUGUUGUCCUUCACUCGCAUCUCUGCUGUCUCAUCUCACUGUGGUUCCCCAGGAACUGAAACUUUCACUGUUGGUCAACAUCAUACAUAAAGGGCUCUGUGAGCCACUUGUGGGCAGGGCGUGGGGCCUGCAAGAUUUUGCCACUUCUAUGCAUCUGCUGCUUGGAGCUGCUUAAGCCGUGUUGGCUAGAGCCUACUUAGCCAUAUGGUGGGCUUCCUUGUCCUCUGUUGCACAGUAAUAACUAUUUCAGCUGUGGGUGGCAUGAAUUCAUCACUUGAGUGUUAGCCCUUAGAGCAUACCUCUUGCCAGCGUGUCUAGGAAGACAUCUCUAGCUGCUUUGGGGGACUUAAGUGUAACUUUGAAAUACACAAAAGCUGUUUUGUGAUGGAGCCAGUUACAUGCUGAUGCAGUUCUUGCUGGGUCUCGAUGAGUCUGUACUCCUAGCAGUGUGACAGCUUCAGCAACAGCUGACCAUUACACGUGCUUUCUAUUUUCUGGUCAUGCUGUAACGAGGGUGUGAAUGUCAUCUACAGCAAGAGAAUGAUGCAGCUAAAGCUAGAAAGAGAGACAAAACAACUAUGGAAAAAUGGCAGAUGCCUGCAGCUUCUCCUUUCAAUCUAGGGAUUCCUUCUCAGUUUUCUGGUAGAGAUGCAGUUGGAGGAAUGACUUUUAUUUUGAGUGAAACCUUUUCUUAAUUGUUUAAAUUCUUAAUUUAUAUUUGGGGAUGUUCUUCAGGUCCCACAGUGUGGACUAAAACUUUGCUUUCAUUCAACAUGAAAACUGGACUCACGCUAUGAAAGAAAUUGUUUGUAUAGUACAGAGCUAAAAGCCUUGUCUUCCUGAUCAUUAAACACAGGGUUGUCUUCUUUAGAACCUGGGCAUGAGGGGUCAGCUGGGCCUCUUCUGGCAUCCUGGUACCAGCAUUACAAGUAGGGAGGACCAAGUAUUGUAUUUCAGGAUGUGCACUGUCUGAAUGAAACUCACAAAUUAGAGAGGAAAUCUGGAACAGGCUGCUGCUUCAUAAUUGUCCAGAAAGAGAGAGAAACUGCUUGGUAUCCUUGGGACAGCAGAAAGAAUGCAUGGUCUACUUUCCAGCUGCUGACUCAGUAAUGGAAGCUGGGCUUUUUGUUACAGAAAACGUGCAUAAAUUUUAAGAUUUCUGGUACGGACUGUCUUCUGCAGCCCAAAUAAAUAAGGCUGUCUUACUAUUUUUCCAGGCAUAUAUAAUCCUGCAUCAUGUAUCUGACAGUGUUCAAGUUCUUGGCUUGUUAAGCACCUGCCUGUCUCUCCUUUUGCUCUGUAUCUGUUAUCUGAAAUAACACGAAACUCACAGGUCACAAUAUUUUAAUCAGAGGGCCCCUUUCUAUGGCAUAUUCCUUGUGACGAUUUCCCAUCCCUGGAACUCUGUAAAAGCCUGUUUUGGGAUAGCAUCAUGGUAGCAAGGUGACUCUGAAGUAUGAGUGUGAUCUCUUCCUAGCUUCCAGAGGGCGUCCUGGUAGAGGACCAGAAGGCUUUGAGUUUUGUUCCCUUUUCUUUUUUUCCGAGAAACCAACUGCCAUGUAUUUGAGUAGAUGAGUGCCACACUGGAAUGAAAACAUAGCUUAAGAAAAACACUUAGUAUAUAAGGCCUCUGUGCAUCAAAAAUGAUGCUUAAUGUGUUUUGACGGCAAAACAGAUUCAGUUGAGACAGGAAACUUCCUGUAAAGCUUUUAAAAGGAGAAACAUGCUCAUUAACCCCUCCAUUAAGAUGUUCUGGUUUCAGGUUCUGUAAAGGCCAUUAUAUCAAGAAUAUGUGUAUGUGUGUGUGUAUUUUUUUCUCAUAUUUUCAUUGCAUAUGGUGUCUGAGAAGGCCUAGUAUUUUCUUCCAUGGUAUGCAAGGCCUGCAUGAAGGGAGGGGGUAAACUCUUCACAGUUAAUAUGAAACAUUUAGACAUAGCCUUUCCACUGAAAGUAACAAUGCAGUAUAAUUUAUGUGACAAUGGGCAGAUAGAUGAUUCUCCACACUGACUGUUUGAGUAGUAUUGUGAGAGAGCCUAGUAGUCACAUGGCCAAGUACUUCAAAUAAUGCAGCAACAAAAGUGUAGGGGAAGAGGCUAAGUUCUGUCCAGACAGGUGUUAAAUAAUAUCAGGGACACAGGACCAGGAGCUGUAACUGUGGACAGUGAAGAGAUGCACGCUCUUUGCUAUCCAGAGCACACUCCUUCAUCCUCUCUCCACUGCCUUUUUACCUUGCCUAUAAACCAUGGCAGGCACAAACAGCACAAUUAGCAUCUCUCCUGCUGAGGUACACUCUCCUGACCUUUUACUAGUGUCCUACUUAGGCAUUGCCAGCACUGGGGAGAGAAAGGUCCUAAAAACCCUGGUUCCUUUCAGAUACCACAAUGUUGCAGACUAGUGCAGGUGGUCAGCAGGUUAAAAUCUAUUUUGAUGGAUAAACACAUUACCUCUGCAUUGAAUUAGUAGAACUAAAAUUCAAAAGCUCAUCCCUAAGAUACGGGUGCUACUUCAGAAAAUUUGCUGCUUUUUCCCCCCAUGGCUUUUACCCUUGAUUUGUACAGUUUAAAUUGCUGGUGUUUUCACUGCAUUGAGUUUUAGAUGAAAGGGUUAUUUUGCCAAAAACCUUUUCUUUAUACAUGUGUGUACAUACCUGUGUGUACAUACAUGUGCACAAACCCUUUAAGACUACGCCUUAUUGUAUUUCCUUCCACAGUGCCUAAUUAUACAGCUUUUGCCCUGUUACAGCAUUCUGACAGCACUCACUUCUGGAUCUUCCUUUCACCAGUUUUGGAUAUGAGGCAGGACUUGUACUUUCCAACAUGACAUGAUGGCAAUAUAGUGAAAGCACAACCAUGUUUAGAGUACAGUUUCUGCAUUUAUGCAGUUUGAGCUCUGCUUGCUCUUUCUAGAUUUAGUCAAGUAUCUGUGUGUCUAAAACCAGUGGCAAUGGCUAUUGUAGCAUUUUAAGAACUAGGAGAAAGCUGUAACUGCAAGACUUACCUAAGGAACAAAACUAAAUGAACUGUUAUAGACAGUUGUUAAUCCUCAUGGUUACCCUCUUACAAAUAUUGUAUUGAUUUAGUGUCUUUAGAAGCAAAUAUUGUACUUGAUCUGAAUGUCAGCUGUUUCAAAUUGCUCAGCAUUUAUGCAUGCACGUGAUUCUGUAGCAGUCUGUUGUCAUAUAAAUGUCAUUAUCAAAUGAAACCUCUUUUUGUGGGAGGAGAAGGUAAGAGGAGCUGUUGUGACACUUUAAAAGGGCUUACGUUGAAGACACAACAGAUUUGUUGCAUAUGUAUUUAAUAAUGUACUGACUGUAGGUAUGCUCUGUCUUGCACAGUCUCCAGUCCAUAUUCCAGCACCAGUACUGGGGGCUUAUUAGACUUUUGCACUGGCAGUAGAGACUUUUUCAGUCUGCACCCCAUAAGUCUUCCUUACCACCUUCAAAGGGACUGUACAUCUUCCUGUUUCUGCCAGGCUGCCCUCCUGCCCUUUGGACCUAGUUCUGUACCAAAACUGGUAAUGAAGGUAUGCGCAUGUGCUGGUGAAUGUGUGUGGAGAGUAGGGGAAUGGAGUUCCUGCUCUGAAGGCUGCUCUGUCAGUUUGGCUUAGACUAUUCUUUAAUUUCUACUUCGGCUUCUACUUUAGCCAUUUAACAGCUGUGCAGCAAAGAUUUGGCAACUACUGAAUUGCCUUGGAUUCACCGGUGACAACGUUGCCUCAUUUUCAGGCUUCGAUUUUAUAUGCGUCAGAAUAUGUAUAACUUCAUUAUACUUUUUGCACUUAACAGAAAAUACAGGUUAGAUAGGCUUAGAGUGUGGCAAAAUUGCAAUGUUUGUACUUUUUUUGUAAAUAUGGGGAUGAUUCUACAGAUAAAAAGAUGCACUUUCAGAUAACAAUGAGAACAAGUUUGUAGAAUACAAUUGUUUAGGAGUUUCUCCAGCUGCAGUGUUCCUGAUCCCCAUCCAUGUCUAACACUGUGUUCUCCUUGAAAGCCUGCUUGGGGAUAGAGAUGGCUUCUCACAAUGCAGAAUGUAUUUAUUGCUGACUGACUGAACGUUUGUGUACAUUUUUGAGCAAAUUUGCUGCUAUUCUAAGUUUUAGGUUUUACUAGACUGCUUCUAUAAUGCGUAAAAUAAUGUUCAAGUUUUAUUUAUAAUGUCAACACUUACUGAUUUGACACUUAGUUUCAGGAGACAUCCAGCCCAAAGCCUUCAUUCCUUUUGCUAUUUAAUAUUUUUGUUUUGUUUUGGUUUCUUUUUUAGCAGUUUAGGCAUUGUAUGUGUGGAGUGCAGUGAAAUGAAUGCAAAUUAUUAACCUUAAACCUGCAGUUGGAGUGGCAGUUUCAUUGUUUACAGGACAGAGACUAUUGAUUGUAAACCCAUACAUGUCCACUGAAACGUUGCACUCUGUGUUUGGGAAGCACUGUUUCUGCUUACCAUGGUAAUUAAUGGAAUAGUUACCUUCUGGUUUUAGAGUCCUGGUUAUGUUGCUUUGGAGAGAUUUCAGUGUGGGUUAUGGCUUCUCUGCCAUGGACUCACAGGACAGAAUUUGUACUGAUACAAGUGUGUUGUAUUGAACAUGUUUUCUGAAAGAGUGACUUUAUUUUUUGUGAAGAUAAUUUAUGAGAAGGUUUUAUAGCAGAUCAGUGCUGAAGAAGUUGAAGUCUUAAAAUAAAUGUUUGUAGAUAUUAAAGAUCUAUCCCAAAGCAAAGUAUUUUUAACAGGGCAGUGUUACUGGUGUAGUUAUCCCUCUGAGCUCUCCUGGCAGCAUACCCAUUUAGCAUGUCACUCUGCACUGGUCAAGUGUGUUAUUUUGGGGACAACCUGAUUUCAGAUAUGGCUUCAUUUAUAUUGUUCAUAUGCCCUAUUACACCUCUGGCAGCAACUCCCCAGUUAAACAUCAGCCAUACAAGGCAGAGCUUCUCCCCAUACAGAUCACUGCAGGUUGAAGAGCAGAGAGCCUGCCCUUGUGCUUGAUUGCAGAAAGGUUGUAAGUCUGGUGACUGCCUGGCACUUACAGUCCUCUCUCUCACCACCACAGAGUGUGCCACACAAGCUCUUUUGCUUUCUGAGGGCAGGCAGGCACAAAUCAAGAGUGCCCGAGUCAAACUGCUAAUACCUUGUCUCACCAUGGCAUCCAUUUUUUAGUGCUGCUUAUCUUGCCAAACUCAAUAGCAAGAGGUGCUUGAAGUAUUACUGAGUAUUUAUUGUGUAAUUUUUGGGUGCUUAUAAAGCCUUCACUGCUAUUUUGAAGCAAAAUUUGGGGAUCUGUAGCAUAGCAAUAGCUGUAUAACUCUAGCAUUCCAAACAUGCCCAAAGCAAGUUAUCCUUGUGAUAGUUUAGUUAGCAAUGGUGUAGCUAGCAGCAAUCAGUAUCUUAAAGCUACAAGUUCUGAAUAUUGGAAGACAACAUCUCUGCUUUGAAUGCAAAGCAUUAGAGUUUGUAAUUCACUAUAGAUUUCAGCAUCUUUCCUAGUUUAAAAUGACUGAUGACAUCUUAAUUCUUCUCAGCUAUAACUUAACUAUUGCUUAAAUAACUUUUUCACUUCUGGUUAUUUAAAUCAUCCAAUUUACACAGUUGUAUGAAUGCUGUUUUAUUAUCAAGAUACUCUUAAGGUGUCUCAUAGCAUUUCUUGUGAAUGUUCUAAUACAUCAGUAAUAAAUAAUCCUGACCCAAUAAACUAAUGUAAGCUGACAAGUUAUUGUCUAGUGCUUAUUCUUUGUGCAUCUGCCUAAUUCUCAGAAAAAAAAAAACAAAACAAAACAGCCUAAGUAUAAGCAUUAAAGUGGUUGAAAACAGUUUCCACACUGUGCCUCAAAUCCGUAAUGUGUUAUCACACAUUUACUUGUGGAUUGAUCUCAAAAACUAGCUUUUAAUGACAUAACUUGUUUCUCAAUGUCUGCCUUGGAAAUGAGACACAUCACUAUAUUGUGGUAACUUGUCUACAAAAAACAUAUCUAGUGUACUAAUAGAUUUUUUUUUAAUAAUUUAUAAAAUAUGGACUUUUCUCUUAUAUUUAAACAUCUGUUCAUCCUUGGGUUCUGUUCUUAGAAUAAUUCUGUGUAUAUUUUGCAAUACAUGUUUUGUGUUUAACUGUACAUUUUGCACCAAUAUGAAAUAUUGUAUUCUAAGUAUUAUUUACAAACUCCAGAGAUCUGUAACUAGAAUUUGCUGUGAACAAAUACAUCUCUUCUACCCUGGA